AAAAUAGAUGCUCAGUCUUCCCACGGUCAGGGGGCGCUGUAUGGUUGUUGUGUGCUAACGGCUGUACCUGAACACUGUUUAGUAAAAUCCGCAUCUCACUGAGCACCGGUUAUUAUGGAUAUGCCGCCUAUACAUAGGUGCUUGCAACUUUUUGCUGAAAACGAGCACGUACAAAGGAAGUUGAAGAAACUUCGGCUGAAAAAUGAACAGUUGGAAAGUGAGCUUUCAGAAGUCCAGGGAAAGCUGCAAAUGCAACAGCUGAUGAGGGACUUUGUAACUACCAGAGAUGCUCAAAUACAGACAGAACCACAACCAUGGCACAAAGGAGGUGUUAAAGAAGGCAGUGUUUCAAAGGCAGAUGAAAGGAGCAAUCGACUGCUACAGAUGUAUAAUGCUCUACAAAAACGUUACGAAAAAGAAAUUAAAACCAACAAGGAGCAGAGUGAAAUCAUCUCUAAUCUCACUAUGAACAUUCAUGAGUUAGAAUUACAGCUUGUAAGGUCAAAACAAAGGAUUCAGCAGCUGGAGCACACUCCCACAGUGAGGAGGCGAAGAACUCCAACACCAGAGCAUGGCACCACGUCUCUCAAACACAAGGCUGGUGGCAGGAAAUGCUGCUCACCUGACUGUAUCCAUGCUGAGUUGUUGUUGGAGAUAGAAAGACUGCAAAAGGACAAGAACAAGCUGAUAAAAGAGAAAAGGAAUCUGAAAAACGAGCUAGCUGGAUUAGACAAGGGUUUCUUUGAAGAAAUUGAAGAUUUAAAAUAUGCUCUGCAAGAAUCUGCUAAACUGAAUAAAGAGUAUGAAAAAUGUCUACGGACAAUGUGUGAAAAAUGUGGCCUUCCGUUUCCAGAAACAUUAUGUCCAGUAGCCACGAAAUGAGAAAACUGCUGCCAGACCCUCCUGAAUUUCUCCAGCAUUGCCUGUAUAACUAAGCUAAUGAUCUGUUUUAAUAUUGUUAACUUAGAGAAGAAUGUGAGUUGGGAAAACUUCCCUGCUGUACAGGAGUGUUUACAUUCAUUCCAGAGGAGAAGAUGGAUAAUAACUCAGUUUAAUGCCUUAUCUAGAAUGAUGGCACCUGUAACAGUGCAGCACUUACUCAGGUCUGCACUGCUAUGCCAGGAUAGAUUAUAUACAAAUUCAUCUGAUAUGAGAUUGAACCCAUAGCCUUCUGACUGAAAGAGUGCUGCCACCAAUACCUUACUGCGAUAUUAUCCACAGCACUUGGCUUCCAUUUCACUUUGCAACAAUUUUGUGGCUGAGAUUGCAUUUUUAGUCAACCUGUUCAGAGGUGUGAUGACACAUGUCUGAAGCAGGUACGACUUCAACCCAGGCCUUCUGGCUCAGAGGUAGGGACUCAACCACAGGCUCUUGAGAUGCAGUGAUAAAGAUUGAUAGAUAUUCUCUAAACAACCUGUUCAGGGAUGUUAUUACGUACCUUUGGAGCAGGUGGGACUUUAACCCAGGCCUCCUGGCCUAGAGACAGGGACGCUGUUACUGUGUCACAAGACCCUGUGGCUAAGAUUGAUCACUCAAUAGAAUAAUAGGUCAAAUGUGUUGGCUUUCAGCCUUUGUGGUUGCACUUGUGUUCCAACACACCGUGUGAUUUGAACUGGCUACAUGAUAAUUAUGGUAUUAUUGAAGAAAUAAUGGUAUGGACACGGAAGUUGUUUCAAUUUUGUAAAUAGAAAAUGGUUAUUAGCAGUGAGUUCAGAACAUGUUCUGGUAAAAAAAGUUCUUCAGCUGUGUGUUUGUUGCUUUGUUUCUUAAUUUGAUUCCAUAACCGGUAGAUGUAGUGCAAUUGGAUGUUCAGAAGGCACUCGAUAAGGUCCCACAUAAAAGAUUACAAGAUGAGAGUUCAUGGUAUUAGGGUUAAUGUUUGGUGAGAUGUUAAACUAAAACAUUGUCAACUGUCCCCGGUGGAUGUAAGAAAUUCCACUACACAAUUGAUGAAUAGCUGCUGAUUUCUCUGUGUAUUCUGGCCAGGAUUUAUCUUCCUACUAGCAACUUUCUUUCUAAGGUUCUUGAGUAGAUUCGUACCUAGGGUUGUGGAUGCUGUGGUUGGUUCACUCGCCAAGCAACUAUUUCUUUGAUUGUAAUCUGGGGAUUUUGCUCUGCACAAUCUGGCUGCUAUUUCUAUACUUUAUUAAGCACUUUAAUGAGGUGCAAAGUGUGUGUUGUAACAUUGUAAGUUAAUGUAAGUUUAUCAAAAAGAAUGCUAAAAUGGUGUUUUCAUGUGUCUAGUUUCUCAUAGUUGUCCGUGAAACGGAAAUCAUGUUUAAACAAUUUAUUAGUGUUCUCUGUAGAUUAACAAGCAAGGUGCAUUAGUAGGCACUAGCAGCUGCAAUAUAUUUGGACUUCCAUAGGGCAUUUGAGAAGGUGUCGUAUAUACAAAAGAAUACUGAUUCAAGCUCAGGGUUUUGGAGUAAGAUAUUAACAUGGUUAGAGUGUUGAUCAACUAACAGGAAACAAAGAUUAGCAAUAAUUGGAUCAUGUUCAGCUCAGUAAUCUGUUAACUACAGCAGGGGUAAGUGGUGGGUCAUCAAAUAUUUACUAUCUAUGUUAAUGACCAACUGCAUUGUUGUCAAAUUUGCUAACAAUACAAAAGAGGGAGGAAAACAAGUUUUAAGUCAUCACAAAGAGACUGCAAAGGGAUAAAAAUGGGUUUAAGUCAAUGGGCAAAAAAAUUGGCAGAUGGUAUGUGAUGUGAGAAGAGACAGAUUGCCCACUUUGGAAGCAAGAAUAGAAAAGCAGUAUGGCAAGAAAUCUGGGUAUCCUCAUUACAUGAUUCACAAAACAUCAGCAUGCAGGAACUGCAAGUAUUUUGGUAGCCAAAAUGAAUAAAGGUAGCCUUUAUUGCAAGCAGAAAUGGAGUAUAAAAGUAGAGAGUAUUGUUAUAACUGUAUAGGAAAUUGGUGAGACUGCACUGAGAGUAUGCUAUGCAGGCCAAACCUGCAUAAGGGACAUACUUGCAUUGGAGAUAGUUCACAGAAGAUUUAUUAGGUAUAUCCUGAGACGAUGGGGGAUGCCUUAUGGAAGAUUUAAAAAAAAGGGAGCCAGUACUCAUGGGUGUAUAGUAGAGUGAAAGGUGAUCUUAUUAAAACAAAAACGUUCUGAGAGGUCUUCAUGAGGUAGUCGCUGAGAGAAUGAUUCCUUUUACGUGGGAGUCUAGAACCAUGUGGCUCUAUAUCACAACAGUGUGGCUGUAGUUCACAACAGUGUGUCUCCCAUUUAAUAUGGAGAUGAACAGAAAUCUCUGAGGGUUGUUAAACUUUGUAAUUCUGUACCCCGGAGAACAGUGGUGGCUGGACAUUGGAUAUAUUCAAGGCUGACUUAGACAGAAUUUUAGUCUACAAAAGAGUCAAGGAUGUUGGGGCAGGCAGGGAAGUGGAGUUGAGGCCACAAUCAGAUCAGCAAUGAAUUUGGAUGAAGCAGACUUGAAACAGCAAAUGGUCUACAUCUUCCAUUUACUAUGUUCUUCCUUUUGAUGUAAUUUUUGAAAAAAAUGACAUGCACUUUUAUAGAAUGUUUUGUGUCCACUAGACAUCUCAAAGUUCU